AUGGAGGAGGCCAACUGCCACGAGUUGGUCUUCUCCUGCUACAAGAAGCUUCUGUGCCUGUGCCUCAAAGUGCAGAAGCUCUUGGACACGGAGCAGGAGCCGGAUGCGGCGACACUUCAGAAGAGCUACAAGAAGGCAAGCGAGGAGCUGCCGAGCAUGGACGAGGUGCUGGCGAUCGUGGGCAAGUCCUCCACGGAGUUCUUCUUCACCUUCCCGGAGUUCGCGAAGGUCUUCAUCGCGCCCUUUCAGCUGGUGCUCCACUCCGAGCUGCUGUGGCCCAUGCCACCGGCGCUGUCCUACUAG